GUUAUUGUUGACAGACGGAGCUUCGGGGGGAAAAUGGCGGUGUCCCGUCGAUCCUCGCAGCACCAACAAAGCAGCCUGCAGCCGUCUCCGCGGAACGCCUUGAUCGCGUCCCCCCUCCCGAACCCCCGUCCGCGAUUAUUCCCGAAUCGACGAGUUUGUUGAGCCCCUCAUCUACUGUCGCAGCGGAAUGCGACGGAGCGACGAUGGAGUCCGCAGCGGCCUCCUCCUCCUCCGCCUCUUCCCCGGACCGGCCCUCCCCAGUAACAGCAGUAGCCGCCGCAGCGUCGACAGCACCCGCGAGCUCCAGCUGCAGCAGCAUUAGUUCAAGCGCCACCGCAGGCAGCCAGAGCCCCGGCUCGGGAGCGACCAGUCCCGGGGAAGGAGUGUGCGGGGCUGGCGGGGCGUUCAGAGAGCUAUUUGAGGCCUGUCGGAACGGAGAUGUGUCGCGGGUGAAGAGGCUGGUGGACUCGGUGAAUGUGAACGCCAAAGACAUGGCCGGACGAAAAUCAACCCCUCUGCAUUUCGCUGCAGGCUUUGGCAGAAAGGACGUGGUCGAGCAUCUCCUGCAGACCGGAGCGAAUGUCCAUUCCCGCGACGACGGUGGUCUGAUCCCGCUCCACAACGCCUGCUCGUUCGGGCACGCUGAGGUGGUCAGCCUCCUGCUGUGUAGCGGCGCGGACCCCAACGCUCGAGACAACUGGAACUACACCCCUCUGCACGAGGCCGCCAUCAAGGGCAAAAUAGACGUGUGCAUUGUGUUGCUACAGCACGGCGCUGAUCCAAACAUCAGAAACACUGACGGCAAAUCAGCUCUGGACCUGGCAGACCCUUCUGCUAAGACCGUCCUCACUGGUGAAUAUAAGAAGGAUGAACUGUUGGAGGCAGCAAGAAGCGGGAACGAGGAAAAGCUUAUGGCACUUUUGACCCCACUUAACGUCAACUGUCAUGCCAGCGAUGGACGCAAGUCAACAUCACAAAAAAUGCUGUCCACCCCUCUUCACCUGGCCGCUGGGUAUAAUCGUGUGCGUAUCGUGCAGCUACUGCUGCAAUACGGUGCUGAUGUCCAUGCCAAAGACAAAGGUGGCCUGGUGCCUCUGCACAAUGCCUGCUCUUAUGGUCACUACGAGGUCACAGAGCUCCUGUUAAAGCACGGUGCGUGCGUCAACGCCAUGGACUUAUGGCAGUUCACCCCGCUGCACGAGGCGGCCAGUAAGAAUCGAGUAGAGGUGUGUUCGCUGCUGCUGAGUCACGGCGCCGAUCCCACACUGCUCAACUGCCACGGCAAGAGCGCGGUGGAUGUGGCGCCCACACCUGAGCUUAAAGAGAGACUCACCUAUGAGUUCAAAGGACACACGCUUUUGCAAGCGGCCCGUGAGGCAGACAUGGCAAAGGUCAAGAAAACGGCUCAAGAGAUCAUCAGCUUCAAACACCCUCACUCGCACGACUCCGCUCUGCACUGCGCCGUAGCGUCUCCUCAUCCCAAACGCAAACAGGUCACAGAGCUGCUCCUGCGGAAAGGUGCCAACAUUCACGAGAAGAACAAGGAUUUUAUGACUCCGUUCCACGUAGCGGCUGAGCGGGGUCAUAAUGAUGCGCUUGAAGUCCUGCAGAAACAUGGAGCGAAGGUACCAGCAUGGGAUAUGUUCCAGGAUCUAGUGAAUGCUGUGGACACACUUGGACAGACAGCUCUGCACAGGGCGGCCCUUGCUGGCCACAUCCAGACUUGCAGACUAUUGCUGACUUACGGAGCCGACCCGUCAAUCAUUUCAUUGCAGGGCUUCACAGCUUCACAAAUGGGCAAUGAAGCCAUUCAGCAAAUACUUAAUGAGAACGUUCCUCCCCGUAAUUCGGAUGUGGAUUAUCGUUUUCUCGAGGCCGCUAAAGCCGGAGACCUUGACACAGUGAAGCAACUGUGCUCCCCUCAAAACGUGAACUGUCGUGAUCUGGAGGGCCGUCACUCCACCCCGCUGCAUUUUGCCGCGGGAUACAACCGCGUGGCUGUGGUGGAAUACCUGCUGCAUCAUGGGGCCGAUGUGCACGCUAAAGAUAAAGGGGGUCUGGUUCCUUUACACAACGCAUGUUCGUAUGGUCACUAUGAGGUGGCAGAGCUGCUCGUGAGACAUGGAGCGUCUGUGAACGUGGCGGACCUUUGGAAGUUCACACCACUACAUGAAGCUGCAGCCAAGGGCAAAUAUGAGAUCUGCAAACUACUGCUCAAGCAUGGCGCUGACCCAUCUAAGAAGAACCGCGAUGGCAACAUGGCUCUGGACAUGGUGAAGGACGGAGACACGGACAUCCAGGACCUUCUGCGUGGAGACGCUGCUCUGCUGGAUGCCGCUAAGAAGGGCUGUUUAGCUCGCGUGCAGAAACUCUGCAGUCCUGAGAACAUCAACUGCAGAGACACACAGGGCAGGAACUCCACACCACUGCACCUGGCAGCUGGUUACAAUAACCUGGAGGUGGCCGAGUAUCUCCUGGAGCACGGAGCGGACGUGAACGCUCAGGAUAAAGGAGGACUGAUCCCUCUGCAUAACGCUGCUUCAUAUGGGCAUGUGGAUAUCGCUGCCCUCCUGAUCAAGUUUAACACGUGCGUGAAUGCGACAGAUAAGUGGGCGUUCACGCCGCUGCACGAGGCUGCACAGAAGGGCCGUACACAGCUCUGUGCACUGCUACUGGCACACGGCGCUGACCCCACCAUGAAGAACCAGGAGGGACAGACCGCUCUGGACCUGGCCACGGCCGAUGACAUCCGCGCGUUGCUGAUGGACGCGAUGCCUCCUGAUGCUCUUCCCAGCUGUUUCAAACCACAGGCCACCGUCCUCAGCGCCGCUCUGAUAUCACCCGCCUCCACACCCUCCUGCCUCUCCGCCGCCUCCAGCAUCGAUAACCUGGCCGGGCCCCUCUGCGACGGGGCCAGUGGAGGCGCCGCAGGACCUGCUGAUGGAGCCGCCGGAUCUGAACGAAAGGAAGGAGAUGCUGUCCUAGAUAUGAACAUCUCACAAUUCCUGAAGAGUCUUGGGCUUGAACACUUGAGGGACAUCUUCGAGAGAGAACAGAUCACUCUGGACGUGUUGGCUGACAUGGGUCACGAGGAGCUCAAGGAGAUCGGCAUCAACGCUUACGGACACCGUCACAAACUCAUCAAAGGCAUUGAGAGGCUUCUGGGAGGACAGCAGGGUGCCAACCCAUACCUGACCUUCCACUGCACCAAUCAGGGCACAGUUUUGAUUGACCUGGCUGUGGAUGAUAAAGAGUUUCAGUCGGUUGAGGAAGAGAUGCAAAGCACAAUUCGGGAGCACCGGGAUGGAGGAAACGCGGGCGGCGUUUUCAGUCGAUAUAAUGUCCUCAAGAUCCAGAAGGUGGUGAAUAAGAAACUGAGGGAGCGAUAUACACACAGGCAGAAAGAGAUUGCAGACGAGAAUCACAACCACCACAAUGAGCGAAUGCUGUUUCACGGAUCUCCGUUCAUAAACGCCAUCAUCCAUAAAGGAUUCGAUGAGCGUCAUGCAUAUAUUGGUGGCAUGUUUGGAGCUGGCAUAUAUUUUGCAGAGAACUCCUCUAAGAGUAACCAGUACGUCUAUGGCAUCGGGGGCGGCACUGGCUGCCCCACUCACAAAGACCGUUCCUGUUAUGUGUGCCACAGGCAAAUGUUGUUCUGUCGUGUGACAUUGGGAAAGUCCUUUCUGCAGUUCAGCGCCAUGAAGAUGGCCCACGCUCCCCCUGGACAUCACUCUGUGAUCGGCCGUCCCAGUGUCAACGGCCUGGCCUACGCUGAGUAUGUCAUCUACCGCGGAGAACAGGCCUAUCCAGAGUAUCUCAUCACUUAUCAGAUAAUAAAGCCGGACAGCACGCCUCAGUCCUCCACAGGAGCAGAGCAGAAGUCAUAGUCAGCACACUGCAUUUCUACACUCACUCAUUCUUUCUCACUCUCGUUGCACAAAGGAAAUGUGAACUUUCCCAUGUACCCACGUCUUACCCAUGAAAUUCCCAUGUAUGAAUUAUGAAUUUGCACUUUUAAAAACAAGUUACUUAAGUUAUUUGAAAAUAGUUGCAAUUGUGAAGUCUAAUGUACAGGUAGUAUAAAGAAAACAUGUAAAACUGACUGUUUAACAAUGCUUUUUGAGUUGUAUUUUAAUGGAACUUUUUGUUUUUGAGUCUGUUCAUUUCUUUUAAAUAAAUCUCAUCAACAGGUCUCCACCAUUA